GCAGGUCUGCCUCUGUAUCAGCACCACAACAAGGUCAUGACUGCUGUAUAAAAGGUGUUUUAUAGUGAAGUGUUGUACUCUACACAGCAGGAUGAAGGGGCUGCUGGUUUUAGUUGGUCUUUUUGUGGCCGUCUAUGGCAAAGUAACUUUUGAGGGACAUCAAGUUCUUCGGAUCACUGCACAAGAUGAAGUUCAAAUCAAUCUCCUGAAGGAGCUCGCUGAACAGGAACAUCUUGGGCUGGAUUUUUGGAUGGGGCCCGUUCAUGAGUCUCUACCUGUGGAUGUCCGUGUUCCUUUCAACAGCCUCCAGGCUGUCAGGGCUUUCCUGGCAUACAAUCACAUCCAAUAUCGUGUUAUGAUCGAGGAUGUCCAGGAUUUGCUUGAUGAAGAACAACAUCAAUUGAUGGAUUCUCGUCCUCGUGUUAGUACUGAUGACUACAUCUACAGUCAGUACUCUGAUUUCAAUGGUAUUCUCAUAUUCAUGAAUAUGCUCGAGGCAGAGAACAGUGAUCUGGUUAGCCAAAUUGAAAUUGGUAAGAGCUAUGAGGGUCGCCCUUUGAUCGUUCUGAAGUUCAGCACAGGAGCAAACCGUCCUGGUAUCUGGUUUGACACUGGCAUUCACUCCAGAGAAUGGGUCACACAGGCCAGUGGAGUCUGGUUUGCCAAAAAGAUUGUAACUGACUACGGAAAAGACCCCGCCCUUACAGACAUCCUUAACAACUAUGACAUCUUCUUGGAGAUCGUCACCAACCCUGAUGGCUUCGCUUACACCCAUUCCACUAAUCGUAUGUGGCGUAAAACCAGAAAGCCAAACUCUGGCUCCAGCUGUGUUGGAGUUGACCCCAACAGGAAUUGGGACGCUGGCUUUGGAGGUGCUGGUGCUAGUAGCAAUCCCUGCUCUGAGACCUACCGUGGACCCAGCGCUCACUCUGAACCAGAGGUCAAAGCCAUUGUGGAAUUUGUGAAAUCUCAUGGCAACAUCAAGGCUUUUGUGUCCAUUCACAGCUAUUCCCAAAUGCUCCUCUACCCAUAUGGAUACACGUACACUGCUGUUAAAGACAAAGAAGAACUGCAUGAGCUUGCCAGAAAGGCCGUCACUGCACUGCAGUCUUUGUAUAACACUCGCUACACGUAUGGCAGCAUCAUUACCACCAUCUACCAAGCUAGUGGAGGCACCAUCGACUGGACCUACAACCAGGGCAUCAAGUAUUCUUACACCUUUGAACUGAGAGACACUGGUCGCUAUGGUUUCAUCCUGCCGGCCAAUCAAAUCAUCCCUACUGCUGAAGAGACCUGGCUUGCAUUGAUGGCUAUUAUGGAGCACACCAAGAAUAAUCCAUAUUAAACUGAAUGUCAAUCACAAGGCGUGAAAGAAUGUAAAUAAAAAUAAUGCAGAUUGAUAAAUGGUGCAUUAAAACAAACAAAACAUAGUUUGUCACACAAUGCAGGUUUGAAAUUGUUGCCAAUCAUUCUGAAUAUUAAAAGUAUUACAUUUA